AUGCUGCAGGACGAUGGCUAUUGCGAUUGCCCUGGCACCUGUGAUGACGAAUCCUUCUGGGAUUGUGACACCUGCGGCUGUCCAGACAACUGCGGAGGCUAUGGGUCACCUUGCUUUGAACCGUUUUUCCAGUGUCCGGGGAGCAACUGCACCGUCCCAAUCUUCUAUGUGAACGACAACUUCUGUGACUGUCCGAACUGUGCGGAUGAGGACUGCUUCUUUGCAGCUUUUGGUUUCAAAAGGCCGAAGGCCGAAACCCAGCAGAAACAAUGCGCCAGCGGCCGUGGCUCAGACCCCUUGACCCAAGCGUCUAUGGCAGAGAGUUUCAAUGGUGACCCUCAAAAGAGUUUCUUUUGCGGCUCUGGCCUGUGCUUGGCCUGUGAAUUUUGGACCUGCGAAACGUGUACCUUUGGCUGCGCUGCCUUCUGCGGCUCUUCGUAUGCCUGUGACCUUCGGGUCUUUCAAUGCACCUCCGCUGACUGCGAACUCUCCGGCUUUCAAGUGAACGACAAUCGCUGCGAUUGUCCUGAGUGCGAGGAUGAAGAUCGUUGGACUUGUGAUACCUGCAGGACCGGAUGUCCUCAGGAGUGCGGCGAAUUCAGCGACUUUCCGCCGGCGGUUUGUGGACUUUCGCCGACCCUGCCAUUCGAAUUCAAUUGCCCUGCGAACCUUCUGGGCACCUGCAAAAGGAACUCCUCUCAGUGGAACGAUGGUGUUUGUGACUGCCCUGACCCUCAGAACUGCAUUGAUGCGGGCCAACCUUGUGGCUGCAGAGACGAGAACCUGAUGUGUACUGAAGCAUGCCAAGCUGAGUACGAUGCGGUCAGCGCCAACGUUUGUCCAAGCACUUGCGAUCCAACUGGGACGACCUUGGGCAACUGUUCCUUCCGAUGCCCCGUGGUGGAUGGCUCCGAAGAUCCCUCCGGUUACAACGAUGGCUUUGGCUAUGGCUUCAUCCAAGAGCAAGGCUGCCUGCUGGAAGGGUGGAAGAUCAACGAUGGAAGAUGCGAUUGCCCCAAGAGCUGCGCUGACGAGGCGAACUGGGAUUGUACCAACUGCAGCUGCGCCGAAUUUUGUGACUUGGGCAUCAACAAUGGCCUGCUGUGUUCAGAGCAGUUCACUUGCCCCAACAGCGGCUGCGUUAUUUCCAAGACCUUCUUGAACGAUGGCCAUUGCGACUGUCCAAUCGAUUGCGCGGAUGAAACGGACACGGAGUGGAGCUGCGAAAAUUGCGCCUGUGACUUUGGAUGUGGAAAUCGCAGCCUCAAGUGCUCAGAGCAAUUUCGUUGCUUCGAGUCCGGUGGCUGUACGAUCAACCAGAACAAGCGCAACGAUUUGACAUGUGACUGCCCGAACUGUGAGGAUGAACGUGAGAAUAACUUGGAUUGUACCAAGUGUGCGGGGAGGUGCCCCUCUGACUGCGGUCAAACCGAUCCCGAGGUUCCUCCGUGUAAGUAUCGCUGUGAGUUUAGUGGGUGUCUCAUCGAUGCUGAAUUUGUGGGCGAUGAGUUUUGCGACUGUCCAUUCAACUGCGAGGAGGAGGCAGACCGAGGCUUCGUUUGCGGCCCACCCUCUUGCCCAUGUCCACAAGUUUGUGUUGAUGACUACCUGGGAUGUGAUCCAGUCCCACCUUCGGAGCUAUUUCUUUGCUCCGAGUCAGGUGGUUGUGGGAUCAACCAGAACAAAGUCAACGAUUUGACAUGUGACUGUCCGAACUGUGAGGAUGAAACUGAUGCGGGCUUGGAUUGUGUCCAGUGUCGAUGUCCCGCAGUCUGUGGUCAAACUCCUGAGGUGCCUGCAUGCAAGUUUCGCUGUGAGUUUAGUGGGUGUCUCAUCGAUGCUCGCUCUGUGGGCGAUGCGUCUUGCAACUGUCCGGACUGUGAGGACGAGGCAGAGCGGGGCUUCGUUUGCGACACGGAACUUGGUGGAUUUUGCCAGUGCCCGACGGCCUGUGACCCUCAGACAGUAUUUCCAUGUUCCGUCCCCCCACCUCCACCACCGCCGCCGCCACCGCCGCCGCCGGCUCCUUCUGGAUUUGCCUGCGACGAUGGGUGUUUUGUCAGCCAAGACGAUGUGGAUGACGAUUACUGCGAUUGUUCUGACUUCAGCGACGAAGACCAGCACACUUGUGAUGACUGUGGAGGCAGCAAGGGCAGCCUCACGUGCUCGGAGCAAUUUCUUUGCUCCGAGUCAGGUGGUUGUGCGAUCAGCCAGAACAAAGUCAACGAUUUGACAUGUGACUGUCCGAACUGUGAGGAUGAAACUGAUGCGGGCUUGGAUUGUGUCCAGUGUCGAUGUCCCGCAGUCUGUGGUCAAACUCCUGAGAUGCCUGCAUGCAAGUUUCGCUGUGAGUUUAGUGGGUGUCUCAUCGAUGCUGAAUUUGUGGGCGAUGAGUUUUGCGACUGUCCAUUCAACUGCGAGGAGGAGGCAGACCGAGGCUUCGUUUGCGGCCCACCCUCUUGCCCAUGUCCACAAGUUUGUGUUGAUGACUACCUGGGAUGUGAUCCAGUCCCACCUUCGGAGCUAUUUCUUUGCUCCGAGUCAGGUGGUUGUGGGAUCAACCAGAACAAAGUCAACGAUUUGACAUGUGACUGUCCGAACUGUGAGGAUGAAACUGAUGCGGGCUUGGAUUGUGUCCAGUGUCGAUGUCCCGCAGUCUGUGGUCAAACUCCUGAGGUGCCUGCAUGCAAGUUUCGCUGUGAGUUUAGUGGGUGUCUCAUCGAUGCUCGCUCUGUGGGCGAUGCGUCUUGCAACUGUCCGGACUGUGAGGACGAGGCAGAGCGGGGCUUCGUUUGUGACACGGAACUUGGUGGAUUUUGCCAGUGCCCGACGGCCUGUGACCCUCAGACAGUAUUUCCAUGUUCCGUCCCCCCACCUCCACCACCGCCGCCGCCACCGCCGGCUCCUUCUGGAUUUGCCUGCGACGAUGGGUGUUUUGUCAGCCAAGACGAUGUGGAUGACGAUUACUGCGAUUGUUCUGACUGCAGCGACGAAGACCAGCACACUUGUGAUGACUGCACCUGUCCAACCUUUGACCCGACAUGUAGUAGUGGAGGCAGCAAGGGCAGCCUCAAGUGCUCGGAGCAAUUUCUUUGCUCCGAGUCAGGUGGUUGUGCGAUCAGCCAGAACAAAGUCAACGAUUUGACAUGUGACUGUCCGAACUGUGAGGAUGAACCUGAGAAUAACUUGGAUUGUACAGAGUGUGCGGGGAGGUGCCCCUCUGACUGCGGUCAAACCGAUCCUGAGGUUCCUCCGUGUAAGUAUCGCUGUGAGUUUAGUGGGUGUCUCAUCGAUGCUCGCUCUGUGGGCGAUGAGUUUUGCGACUGUCCAUUCAACUGCGAGGAGGAGGCAGGCCGAGGCUUCGUUUGCGGCCCACCCUCUUGCCCAUGUCCACAAGUUUGUCGUGAUGACUUCCCCCAAUGUGAUCCAGUCCCAGUUUCGGAGCUAUUUCUUUGCUCCGAGUCAGGUGGUUGUGGGAUCAACCAGAACAAAGUCAACGAUUUGACAUGUGACUGUCCGAACUGUGAGGAUGAAACUGAUGCGGGCUUGGAUUGUGUCCAGUGUCGAUGUCCCGCAGUCUGUGGUCAAACUCCUGAGGUGCCUGCAUGCAAGUUUCGCUGUCCGAGUAGUGGGUGUCUCAUCGAUGCUCGCUCUGUGGGCGAUGAGUUUUGCAACUGUCCGGACUGUGAGGACGAGGCAGAGCAGGGCUUCGUUUGUGACACGGAACUUGGUGGAUUUUGCCAGUGCCCGACGGCCUGUGACCCUCAGACAGUAUUUCCAUGUUCCGUCCCCCCACCUCCACCUCCACCACCGCCACCGCCGCCGCCGGCUCCUUCUGGACCACCUUUUGCCUGCGACGACGGGUGUGGGGUCACCCAAGCGGAUGUGGAUGACGGUUACUGCGAUUGUCCUGAUUGCAGUGACGAAACGCAGCACGUUUGUGAUGACUGCACGUGUCCCACGGAAUGUGGUGAAGAUGGUAAGGCUGGCCUCAAAUGCUCAGAGCAAUUUCGUUGUCCUGUCGGAGAUGGCGGCCGAUAUGGCCGAUAUGGCCGAUAUGGGGGCGACCCCAUUCCAUACGGACGAUUGCUAUUGGAUCAGUAUCCAUAUGGUUAUUCGGGAGGAACGCAGUCCGCAGAAACUGCGUCUGGAGCCCGAUCCCUGUCUCAUGGAGAUUCUGAUGCCUGUGUGAUUAACAAGAACAAGGAAAAUGAUGGCACUUGCGACUGUCCAAACUGCAAGGAUGAAAUGGAAGGGCGCUUGGAUUGUGGCGAGUGCGACUGUCCCAACACAUGUGGGGAAUCGGUGGAUCAAUGCAAGUACCGGUGUGAGGGUGAAUCUUUGUGUCUCAUCGAUUCGUCUUACUUUAACGACGGGGAGUUUUGUGACUGUCCGAACUGUGACGAUGAACGUGACUCUGGUUUCAUCUGCAGCAAUCAGCCUGGCGGAUUUUGCGACUGUCCCAGUUCGGACGAAUGUGGCACGGACUUCUCUGUGUGUUUGGGCACUCGACGUUUGGCUACGAAUCUAAGCCUGGCUGAUGCACCGGCACAGGUGAUCGUGACGCCACCUGAGUCGAAGUCACCGGAGUCGAAGUCACCGAAGUCACCAGAAACACCGAGAGCUGGUCGUCAUGUGACGGAGGUGACGCUGGAGGCAGCCAUGGCCAUUCGCAGUGCGCUGCAAUGGGCCAACAAAGCCCGAGGCAAAGGAACCGCCGAAGAGCGAUUGAGAAAGGAAUUGGCUGCGGCAUUCGAAGGAGCUGACCAGGGCAUGUUGCACACUGUGAGUGGCCAUCUUCGUCACCAGGUGCUGCACAUUGCGCUGCAGGGUGCCUUAGGGCUGCUAGGCUCGGACGCAGAGCUGCGGCGUCGCGUUUCGUUGGUCUUCAGCGAUGGCCCGCCUUUGAAGCAGGCGCGACACGUGGCGCCCAAGGGUUUCCAAGAGGAGGAACUGCCCAAAGAGCUGGGGGAAAGGGGCACCAAGCCGCCGGCACCUGCACCGCCCAAGAGCCCUGAGACGUCGGAGAAGUCGGGGAAGAAGAAAACGGGAAGGAAGGGUCCUCCUUCCAAGCACGUCGAUGUGGUGGAUUUGAUCAUUGAGCAGAUGCUCCGCAUGGCUUUCCCGAAUAAGUCCCUCACCUUCGCACAACAAUUAUUGAAAACCUUGCGCCACGACCGGGGAAAAGCACCAGUAAAGGCACCGCCAAGCGACGUAGGUCAAGACGCAGCCGCUGGUGGUGAUCAGGGACGCCAGUUGCAGGCGCCGAAUGCCGCUGGAGGAGCGGGGCGCCCGGACAUUCCGGGCCAGCUGAUUCCCGAGGAUGCCUUCCUUUGUCCCGACGUUGAAGAUUGCCCACUGCCCAGGUAUUUCCGAAACAACCGGAAGUGUGAUUGCCCGGUCACUUGUGCAGAUGAGGACGCCUUUGAUUGCGAGAACUGCGUGCCGAAAGUGCCCUUUGGCUUUACGGGGCCACAGCAGCAGGCCGCGGCCACAUUGGGCUCCGCUGUGGGCGUCAGCAUGGGCGCAGCCAUCGGCAUCGCCGUGGGUGUCGGUGUAGGCCUGGCCACGGCCAUUGGCGUGUCCGUGGCGAUCGGAACGGCGGGCUUUGUCGUGCCCAACGCGCAGGAAUUCACGACCAGUGCGCCGGUGCAGGAAGGCAUGAAGAAUGCCUUGGCACGCUUAGGAAAGGUGGAUGGUGGCGCGGAUGCGGUGACGCUCAACUGGGAGACGGGCCGGCGCUUGGAGAACGUCUGGCACAGUGUCCCCAUGGCGCAGCAUCGGGAACUUGCCGAAAAGGUGAAGUUGAGCUUUGAAAUUGAAACCAAAGGGGAGGAGGAAGGUCUUCAGCUUUGCGAAGUGCUCACGGACAUCGAUGAACAAGGUGCAACGAAGGUGAUGACUGAAGAGUUAGAAGCUGCCGGGGCGCCCAUCGAUUUCCAGUUGGUCUCUUGGGAGCCGGAGCCAAAUCCCAAGAGCUACAACCCCACGCAGCUGAUGCCGGGGGGAGGCGGCAAAAAAAGAUCCUUCGUCCCAGACAUGUUUCAGCCUGGGAAACCAAGCUUUUUUGGAAAGGGCGGCGGACAAGGCAUUGACUUUGGCUAA